GUUUUACCUGAUAUUUCUUACAAUGACUAUCGGUGUUGAGGUGUCUAAUAUGAAGCCAUGGUGGUUGUAGGGAUGUUGUUAUCUAAUGAUUGAGAGGAGGGGAGGAGAGGGAGUAUGUUCCCCUCUGGCUCCCUCAGUUGUGCUCCUCAGUGACGCAGGAGAGAAGGAAGAAGGUAGGAGCCUGAAGGAGGAGGCAAAGGAAAGCAGGUGCAUGGGGAGGAAAACUGGUAUAGUAGGCGGAGGAUAGCUGAUCACAUAUACUACAUACGAGAUGGCAUUCCCUGUGCAGCUGGAGGUGGCCACCUUGGUGGCUGAGCCUGGAGCACAAGCACGCACAACUACCGUGUUACCAAAGGCUCGCGUUACUGUGACAGAACUCACCCCAGUGGCAGAUACAACCAAUACAUCCACUAGACGACCUGUUUUUGUUAUUGACGACUCUCCCAAGCACCUUAAAACUGCAGGUAUGCUGGGUUCAGGACAAGUGACAUCAGUGGCACCUACUGACACACUACGCCCCAGCACAACCGGCAGUGCCCGUUUAAGUCCAGCAUCUCGCCUACGCAUGAGCCCACUCAUUGGGCGACGUCGAACUCGUGUCACACCAUUGCCACCUACCACUCAGUUACAGGCACCUGAUACUAAUCAUCAAAAGAUAUCCUUGGAGAAUAUGAGUAAUGGUUCUCAUCCCUUAGAAGUCUCUAAAUGGAAUAAAAAGCAAUGGAGGGAGGACCAGUUCAUCACUACCCAUGAUGGAAGCGAGGUUCCUUGGCCCAGCUCCUCUUCUGAUAGUGGGUUACUGGAUUAUUCUCCCUCAUCUCCUAUAAGUACUGCUACUCCAGUCCUGACAUCUACACAGGGAGGCCACAGCCCCUGGAUAGGCAGGUAUACUGUACCUACCAUCAACAUUGCUUCAGAACAUUCCUUCACUCACCCCCUCAGGUCUUCCACCUCACUCAGCAGCAACAAGAGUGAUUUUACCAGCUUGGAACACAGCCGAUACGUAACAGAACGUAUUCGCCACCUAGUUUCAGCAUUCAGUCAGCGGGCCAACAGAGUGAAGGCCCAAAUAACUCAGCCUCCCACACCUUCCACUGAACUCUCUGAUGGGGGUGAUGAUUCUCACAAAGCCCCUGAUGCACGCCAGCGGUUAGACUCCCUUGUUCCUGAUGUCUCCUCUAGGUCCUCUUCUCUGCCCCGACUGGUAGGGGUCAACACACGUCGUGCCCAGCUGCUUCGGUGUCUGUAUGGUAGUAGGAAGGCACUAUCCUUCCCUCAUGCUAUGGAACCCCAAAGCCGAUUAUAUAUCUCCUGGCUCCUAGUUGUGUGUAUUGUUUAUGUGUACAAUGCAUGGGUUAUUCCCCUGCGGUCUGUCUUCUCCGAGUAUCAGACAAACAACAACCUUGUCUACUGGCUUACUGCUGAUUACCUAGCUGACUUUGUGUAUAUCCUCGAUAUUGUGGUGUUCAAGUCUCGAGUCAUGUACUUAGACAACGGCUUUUGGGUUGAUUCACCCAAGCUCAUGUGUCGGUAUUACUGGAAGACUUCCAAGUUUAGAUAUGACUUGGCAUCACUCCUGCCACUUGAUUUGCUGUACUUAAAGUUUGGACCCAUCUCUGUAUUCAGGCUACCCAGACUUAUAAAGAUUCACACCUUCUGGGAAUUCUUUCACCGUCUGGACUCUGUACUGUCUUCACCUCAUGCCAUUCGAGUGAUCCGAACCGUCCUCUACAUGCUCUUCUUAAUUCAUCUUAACACCUGUUUCUACUAUGGCUUUUCCAAGCUUGAGGGCAUUGGCUCCAACAAAUGGGUUUUCCAAGGUGUAGGCAAUGCAUAUAUCCGGUGUUUCUACUUUGCUACUAAAACAGCCACCAGCAUUGGCAAGAACCCGAAACCUGAGAAUGAGGCUGAAUAUCUAUACAUGACAUGUUCCUGGUUGAUGGGUGUGUUUGUCUUUGCUCUGCUAAUUGGCCAGAUUCGAGAUAUUGUGGCUACAGCUACCCGUAACCAGAAUGAAUACCGGAAAGUGAUGGACCAGACACAUGCUUACCUCCAUGGCCUCAACUUGCCAGCAAGCCUCCAGGAGCGGGUCCGCCUCUGGUUCACCUACACCUGGCAGAACCAGAAAACCCUCGAUGAAAUGAAGUGCUUAGAGUCACUACCAAAGAAGAUGCGAACAGACAUAGCCAUCAAUGUACACAUUCAGAUCCUGUCAAAGGUGCAGCUCUUUCAGGACUGUGACAAGGCUCUGCUGCGUGACUUAGUGCUCAAGCUGCAGCCUGUUCUCUAUCUCCCAGGAGAUUAUGUUUGCAAGAAGGGAGAAGUGGGGAAGGAGAUGUACAUUGUGCAGACUGGACAAGUCCUGGUAAUGGGUGGAGAGCGAGGUGACGUGGUACUGGCUACCCUUGGUGAGGGAAGUGUGUUUGGUGAAAUCUCUCUCUUGGCUCUUGCUGGAGGCAACAGACGUACUGCUGAUGCCAUGGACGCCAUCCCUCUAUGUCCGGAGGUCCCAACUAGGAACAGUAGGAGAUCAUCAUUGGAGGUGCCUUGUAAUAGUCAUUCAUGGAUGGGCAGUGUACCCAAGACCAGUGUGUCUAAAAGUCUUCCAGAGGAAGAAGAGGAAGAGUUUUUGGUGGUUGAGCAAACAGAUGUGGAGGAUUAUGGUAACCCACAAGCCAUGCAGCCCUGGUCUCCUGUCACAGUCCACCACUCCAUAACCCUCAAGUGUUGGUCGUCUCGGUCAAGCUACACCAGAAAUCAGUCUUUUCUGACCAUCCUUGACAACUCAUCCCAUCUCUGA